AUGGACAAUCGGAACCGAAGCCGAGAUGUUUCAUCCGAAGAUCAACAUCGCUCAUCACAGAAGCAAGCAUCAGCUCAAAAUAAACGUCAACAAUUAUCCUCCGCAUUUCAUAAAACAGCAGAUGUUGAUGAUCCGCCGUUUAGUCGAUUGUUUUUACUUAUACCAAAAGCGAUGUCCGAAGAUGAAUUAAGAAAUGCUUUUCAAAUUCACGGAACCAUCCAAGAUAUCCACAUGGUACGAGAUCGACGAAGUCAAGAAAGCAAAGGUAUUGCAUACAUCAAAUACGAAAAGGCUUCAGCAGCAGCUCGUGCUAUGGAAGAAAUGAAUGGAACAGUUAUUGCACCUCAUGUUCGUCCACUAAAAGCCAUCAUAUCUAGUUCCCGUCGUGAAGGCAGUGUACGUGAUCCUGAUGAACACGAGAAAAUGCUACGUUUGUUUGUUGUUAUAUCAAAACAUAUGACUAAAGAUGAUCUACGAAAAGUUUUUCAGAAAUACGGUUCAAUUAUUAAUAUCAAAGUCAUUGUUGAUAAAUUAACUGGCGAAAAUAAAGGCUUUGCAUAUAUAUCAUUUUCAAAAGCGUCGGAAGCAGCUUAUGCAUUGGAGGAAUGUGAUCCAAGCUAUAAACCGAAAUUUGCUGAACCAUUUUCAUCGAAACGUCAUCGUGAUAAUGAAGAUUCAGUACCAUCGUCAGCGUCAAUAUAUGGUGCUGUUUCGCCUCCUUACCGUCAGAAACUAUCAUCAAGUAAGCCGCAUUUAUCGCCAUCAUCAAACUCGAACGAUCAUCGACCAUCACCUCCACCUCUUCUUCCAUUACCAUCACGACCAUCGUCAUCUAAUGUCGAAUCAAAUCAAUCUUCUUCGACGCUCUCGCCAGUCAGUAGCAGUUACCAUUUAUUAGAUAUAAACAGUGAACGUCGUUUAAUCGUUCGAUGUGGAAUGACAAUUACUAAUUAUCACAUCUCGAAAUUAUUUGAUCUUGUGCCAAACAUGGAAGAAUGCUCUCCGCUAAGUUUAAAUACGUUCAAUGAACAUUAUUUCAUUGUACGAUACAAGUCUUGUCAAUUUGCAACGUAUGCACGUGAAAAACUGCAUGCAUUUCAAUUUCCUGAUGGAGAAAUUUUAUCCGUACAGUACUAUGAUGAAAAAAUCGUUAAUGAUCUUAUCAAUCAAUCUCAAAAUGGCAAAUACGGUGACACAUCAGGCAUCGGACAAUUAAUUCAUCAAAUGAGCAACUUGCAAGGAAGUCAAGAAGAAUAUGUGGAUUAUUGUAAUAUUCCAUUACCACCAAAGCAAAAAUAUGCUUCAUUUGAUGCACCAGUAUGUUACUUAUCGAGAAAAUCUUCAAGUCUGCUAGCAACUAAUGCAUUUCAGGUAGCAAAAACUUUACAAAUCAUGCCUCAACGCCCCGUAUCGGAAGAUUACAUUCGGGAUAUAUUCAAUCGUUUUGGAAACUUAAUUGAUGUUCGUAUGGCCAAUCCCCAAUUGUGCUAUGUUAUGUUCAGUGAUGAACGUAGUGCUGAUACUGCUAUGGAAACAAUGAAUGGGCAAGAAAUCGCAUUAGUUCGCAUACGGAUUAUCGAAAGUGAUAAGUCUGUUGAUUCCACCACAGCUUCUGUUGUACAUCGCAAACGGCAAAAAGUCUAA